AUGCCAUGGUGUAACAGGAUGUUGGAAUUGGAGGGCGGAGACUUCGUGAAAAAGAGGAAAUCAUGGGUUGCGACAAGCAAGGACGACCCCCCAUUGGCAUGUACUACUACUGCUGAAGUAUGUUUCAUCAACAACUGAUAUUUUGGGGAUUUGCGAGGACUACUCAUAAUGGUCGGACCAUUUCAGAACCUACCCAACACCCCCAACAUCUCAACAUCAGUGUGUCGACAAAAGAAGAGUUGGUAUAGCGCUGCUCGUAAAAAAAACAACUGGAGCUAAGGCACUGCAAAGAAAAAGAACAACAAAAACAACAAUAACAAAAGAUCCCAGUUGAUCUGUGAGUGGAGCCUUCAAUAAUGUUUACCUGGAGGCUGUUUUGUGUUUAUGGGCUGCUACUGGUGACUGCUAGGACUUGCCAUGGCCACAGUCAGUUCACCUGCGAGCCCAGCAGGGUCCAGUGGUGCCAGGGGAUGCCCUACAACAUGACCUUCUUCCCCAACAUGCUGCACCAUUACGAUCAAGACAUAGCAGCGCAAUCAAUGAAGCACUUCAUGCCCCUGGCCAACCUUAAGUGCUCCCCAGACGCCCAUCUCUUCCUGUGUCAAGCGUUUGUUCCAGAGUGCAUUGAGCCUGCCCGCACGAUAUCACCCUGUCGGGAGCUGUGCGAAAGAGUCCACUCUGAUUGUAAAGCCGACAUGCAGGUCUUUGGGCUGAGCUGGCCGCCUGAGUUGCAGUGUGAGCUGUUGCAUUACUGCCAAAGCUCACCCGAUGGGGCUAUAGUGCCGCCUACAAAGCAUGCAACCACACCCAAGAGCUCCCCACCAGCCAAGAAGCGCGACCUUGGUUUCUGGUGCCCGUUACAGCUCAAGACUCAGCCAGGCCAGGGCUCCUCGUUUCUGGGCGCCCAAGAUUGCGCCCCGCCGUGUGAAAACAUGUACUUGAAACCGCACGAGAUCCACUUUGCCAAGACAUUCAUUGGCAUCUGCUCCAUCGUGUGCUUGUGUGCCACGCUUUUCACGUUCCUCACUUUCCUUAUCGACGUGAAGCGCUUCCGUUAUCCGGAGCGGCCGAUCAUCUUUUACGCCGUGUGCUACAGCUUCGUGUCCCUCAUCUACUUCGUGGGUUUCCUCUUGGGCAACAAGGCUGCCUGCAAGCAGCCUGUCCACCCCGGAGGCGUCGCAACGGUGGUCCUCGGCGCUCAGGAAAACAAAGCGUGCACCUUGCUGUUCAUGCUCCUCUACUUCUUCUCCACGGCUGGGAUGGUGUGGUGGGUCAUCCUGACCAUCACGUGGUUCCUGGCUGCGGGCCCCAAGUGGAGCUGUGAGGCCAUCGAGAAGAAGGCGGUGUGGUUCCACACGGUGGCCUGGGGCCUACCAGGAAGCUUCACAGUCAUCCUGCUGGCCCUGGACAAAGUGGAGGGGGACGGCAUCAGCGGUGUUUGUUUCGUAGGGCUCUACGACCUGCUCUCCCUGCGCUGGUUUGUUCUGGCUCCGCUCUGUAUCGGCGUGCUGACGGGCCUGGCGUUCCUGCUCGCCGGCAUCGUGUCCCUCAACCACGUCCGGCAGGUGAUCCAGCACGACGAGCAGAACCAAGAGAAGUUGAAGAAGUUCAUGAUCCGCAUCGGCGUCUUCAGCGGCCUUUACCUGCUGCCGCUGCUCAUCCUGCUGGGCUGCUAUCUGUUCGAGCAGGGCAGACGCGAAGCCUGGGAGCACAGCUGGAUCAAUGCUCACUGUCGGGACUUCAGUAUCCCCUGUUCCCAUAAGACAGCAGAUUUUGAUUGGCCCGACCUGUCUUUAUUUCUAAUAAAAUACCUGAUGACCCUGGUGGUUGGUAUAUCUGCUGUCUUCUGGGUGAGCAGUAAGAAGACCUGCUCUGAAUGGGCCUUCUUCUUCAAACGGACUCACAAGAAAGAUGCGAUUACCGAGAGCCGCAGAGUUCUGCAGGAGUCUUGUGAGUUCUUCCUGAGGCACAACAACCGCGACCAUCACAAGAAGAAACAGUACCUGGCCAGCUCCCAUAAGCUCAAGGUCAUCUCCAAGUCCAUGGGCACAAGCACUGGUGAGACCAUUCCUGCAUCCACAGAUGGCCAUGUUGGAGAAGUGGUUCCAGUUGCCCACAGCAGUGCUGUUGAAAACCACCACAGCAGGACGCAGACCUCUUACUCUGGGACGCUCAGCUCCUCUGAGAUGUCGGGAAGAGACCAGGCUGAGAGACGCGCUGCCACAUCCAAGAGGGUUGGGAGAGGCCCUGUGGUGGGACAGGCCCCCACCGCAACAGCCACUGCUCCUCCAUUCCAGUCGGAGAAGUAUGCCAAAAGUGUAGGCUCGAGCAGAAGUAAGCUGUCCGAAAAUGUCCAAAAGAUUCCAGUUGAAAGCAGCAGUGAUAGUCCUGCUCCACGAAGUCAUGAUCAAAAGAGCAGUUGCUCCACGCUACCAAAGCCAGCUUCCUGAACACCGACAGCACUGUCUUGGCAUCUUCAUCCUCAGCACCCUCCCAAACUCUGCAUUGACAUGCUGGGACUGAAUGUCACUGCUGAUGUACUUAUCGUCACGACUACUGAUCUCUGCAAGAUGACAUGGCUCAUCUGUGGAGCUUUUGUUUAGUUAAGUUUGUAAGACCACUAGUGCCUUCUCACAGCAAUUAUUGUUAUAAAGUAUACAUGCAUACAUACAUACAUGCAUACAUACAUACAUACAUACAUACAUACAUACAUGCAUACAUACAUACAUACAGCUCCAGACCACUUUAUUAGAAUAGCGUGAAAAAGUUGAUUUAUUUCCAUAAUUCCAUCAAUAAUGUUAAACUGUCAUGGAUUGUAGAUUCAUGGCCCAGUUGUUUAACUAUUCCAAUCAUUCAUUUUUUUCUUUUUACAGAUUUUGGCCUUCCAGCUCAAAAAACCCAUGAAUUGGGGAAUUCGCAUCAUUAGAAUAUUGUAAUAAAAUCACAAUUUUCAUCAUCAAAAUUCGGGUCACAUCAAAUCAGUUGAAAUUUGGUACUUUCUACAUAACAUGCAAUGUUCAAUACUUGGUUAGGACUCUCUCUGUCUUAAUGAAUGCCAUGAUGCGUUUAACAUUGAAGGCAAUGGCAGAAACUGUGCAUGGGAGUUAUGGAAGCCCAUAUAUCCUUGAUGCUUUGCUGUCAGCUGUUCUUGUUUGUUGACCUGGUGACACACACUUCACUCUUCAAAAUACCCCGUAGAUUUCCAUGCCAUGUUUUGGUGUUAACUCACCAGUUUAAUUCCAACUCACCAGAAAUAAAACCCCAUUCAUUUUCAAUGGGGUUUCA